AAGAAUGGCAAUAGUCAACAAUGUCUUUGCCAUCGUAAUCAAAAUCGCAAAAACGAAAAUCAAGUGACCGCAAGGCAGCAAAAAGAGAUGAUUUGUAUUAAUGGUUUAAGCAUUGCGAAACCCAAAAUUACAAACAGCAAAAGCCCAUUUCUUGCCCCUCUUCUUUUCUCCAACACCAAAACUUCACUCGUCUCAUUUAGACCUCUUUCAGUUUCUUCUUCAAUGUCUUAUGAAAAGGAGCUUGCUGCUGCUAAGAAGGCCGCUUCUCUGUCUGCCCGUCUCUGCAAGAAGGUGCAAAAAGCUCUAUUGCAAUCAGAUGUCCAAUCAAAAUUAGAUAAAAGUCCUGUCACAGUGGCUGAUUAUGGCUCACAAGCACUUGUUAGUUUAGUGCUGCAGAGGGAGCUUCCUUCAGAGCCUUUCUCAUUGGUGGCUGAGGAGGAUUCAGGAGAUCUUCGUAAGGAUGAUGCCCAGGAAACUCUAGAUCGCAUUACAAAACUUGUCAAUGAUACUCUAGCUAGUGAUGGAUCAUAUGGUGAUUCUACAUUAUCCAAAGACGAUGUGCUUAGGGCCAUUGACUGUGGCAAAUCUGAAGGUGGUUCUCAUGGAAGACAUUGGGUCUUGGACCCCAUAGAUGGCACUAAAGGGUUUGUAAGAGGAGAUCAAUAUGCAAUUGCGUUAGGAUUGCUAGAUGAAGGGAAAGUAGUAUUGGGUGCCCUGGCGUGUCCAAAUCUUCCUUUAGCUUCUAUUGCUGAUGCCAAUCAACAUGCUCUAAAUGGUGAAGUUGGUUGCCUCUUCUAUGCUAAACUUGGUGCUGGAACUUACAUGCAAUCACUGGAUAGUUCAUCAGCAAUGAAGGUGCAGGUCAGUGCAAUUGACAAUCCUGAAGAAGCAUCAUUCUUUGAAUCAUAUGAAGCAGCACACUCUAUGCACGACUUAUCUAGCUCAAUUGCAAAAAAACUUGGUGUCAAAGCUCCACCAGUUAGAAUUGAUAGCCAAGCAAAGUAUGGUGCUCUAUCCAGAGGAGAUGGGGCCAUAUAUCUUCGUUUCCCUCGGGCAGGCUACCGUGAGAAAAUAUGGGAUCAUGCUGCUGGAUAUAUAGUUGUGACAGAGGCUGGGGGAGUGGCAGCAGAUGCUGCAGGGAAUCCAUUAGAUUUUUCUAGAGGAAGAUAUUUGGAUCUUGACACAGGCAUUAUUGUUACCAAUCAGAAGUUGAUGCCAUCUCUUUUGAAGGCAGUUAGAGAAUCUCUGGAGGAGAAAGGUUCAUCCUUGUGAUUAAAUCUUAUUUAGUUUCAUCAUUUCUUUUGUCAAGUUGGUUUCCGAACUUGUUAUUCGUCUGUAUUUCUUUUUUCAAUUGGUUGUCAUUUGCGAUUUAAUAAAACCCGAUAUCUUGAAGACUACAGGGUGUCUGUUAGAUGGUUAUUGUUUAUCAUAUGCACUGAGAGUUUAGCCCUUGCAAAA